GCUAAACAAUAAAUAUAAAGACAGUGAUCGAUUUCAGAGAUUGUCAUCGUUUGGAUUCCGCUUCAAAUCCUCCAAGGUUCAAAGCAUACAGGUAUUGUGAGAGAUGAGUGAUAAAGGCAGUUCAAACCCAGAUAACAGUGAAGAACCCGAAGAAGAGAUCCGUGAAGAACCCGAUUUAGGUGAGACCCAAACCCCGGAAGAGAUCCGUGAAGAACCCGAUGAAGUUGAGACGCAAACCAAGGGAGAGAUCAGAGAAGAAGCCAGUGAAGGUAGUAAUGCCCAGGAAGAUGAACAAGCUGAAGGUAGUACCCAAGAACACAAUCAAGACAGUCCCAAAGAGAUCAAUGAAGACGACGACGCUGAAGUUGAAAAAUUUAUGGGGACAGCGGAUGGUGGCAUGAUGAGAACACUGUGUGGUGAUGCGAAAGAGAAAAUGAUCUCACUAUCGAUUGACAGAAGUUGUCUAUGCAGGGAAGUUCAUGAUACUUUCUUUGGAGAUAAGCAGAACCUCAAUCUGCUUGCUAUUGUUCCUCCCCGGCUUGAAUCCCCUGAGGAACUUCCCAUGUCUAAAGCGGACAAGCUGCUUGUGCUCAUGCUCAGAGGCUCUUACCUGUUGGAGAAUGUAAAUAUUGUUGGAAAACUCAGAGCCUUGACUGUUCUUGAAAUAUCUGGUUCAAGAGAUUGGAAGAUAUACCUCCCGGCUGACUUUUUCCUUCAAGUGCCCCGACUUCGGAGCCUUGACUUUUCUGGAAUUGGGAUUGAGUCAUUACCUGAUAGCUUCUCCGAAUUGACUGAUCUUCGGAGGCUCGCCCUUAGACAGUGUUCUUCCUUGGAACAGCUUCCAAAGCUGGCAAAGUUCACUAAACUUGAGGUAAUUGAUCUUUUUGAAUGCACAAGUUUGAAAAAGAUCCAAGAAAAGAGCUUCAUGUCACUUGAAAAGCUUAAAGUGAUUAACUUUUCCCAUACCAAAAUUCAGAAAUUACCUAUCAUUAGGACCCUUAGAAAUCUGAGCAUAGUCUUGUCAAAAGGGUGUACUGCGUUGACCGGAAUGCGCUUGCUCAGACAGGUUUCGAGCAUCAAGGUUCUUGAUCUUUCAGGUGCAACCAACAUAAGAGAAAUUAUGUAUGACUGCUUUGAAGGACCAGAAAGCCUUAGAGAACUUGAUCUAUCAGAAACUCGGAUACAAUAUUUGCCUCCUGUAGCUGGCAACCUUCAGAAACUGAGACUAAAGAAAUGUGAAUUGUUACGAUAUCUUCCGGAUCUGUGGGGACAUACUAGACUCGAGGAAAUUGACCUCUCAGGUUGUAAGAUGCUUGAGAACUUGCCAGAUUUUAGUGCCCUUCAAAAACUGAGGAUUCUAGACUUGCGUGAUACAAAACUUUACAGCAAAGAUUUGGUGGAAUCCUUGAAUCAUAUCAAAGGCCUCAAAAUUCUAUCCUAAAGUUGAGCAGAUUGCUCCUUCUUGACAGCCAUAAUUUAUUCAUGUAACAUUUGAUGAGAGGUUGUUCAAGCUUACUGAGAGUGACAUUGGGAACCGGAGUUGCAAUUUUCUUUGCCAAGUUUUAUGGUUUGCUCAUUUAAAGUGUGUUCAUCUGCUGGACUCGAAGUUUUCCGAACCCUCGGGAGGAGCAGAGCUAAUUUGGCUAUGUUUAUAUGUAAAAUAAGCUUUCAUUUUGUUUUGAAAUUGUGAUCUUGCUUGUGUCUGUGUGUGAUUUCUAUUGUGUUCGGUUCGUGCCAAAGACUAAACUGGUGUUGGGAGGGUUUUAUCAACUGCUACUCUGUUGUGCUUUAUAUAUUACAUCUCUAUUCCCCA